AUGAAGCUGCCACCAGCGGCCGUCAUGGCGGAAUGGCCAACCCCAAAUUAUAUUGAUCCUCCAACGCGCGGACAUGGCGUCGUCAUCGUGAACAUCGCGUGCAUGUCCCUCGCCUUGAUUGUGGUCCUGCUGCGUCUAUAUACUCGGGUGUGGAUCACCUACAGCGCCGGCAUUGACGACAUCCUGAUCGUGGCUGGGUUGGUCUUUGGCAUUGCCAUGGUGGUCGUCACCUCCAUUGCCACAGAACACUAUGGCAUGAACCGUCAUAUCUGGGACAUCUCGCCGUUGCACUUACCCACCGUACAGAAGAUGAAUCUCUGCUUCCAAAUCAUGUUCUCCAUGGCCUCCAUUAUCACCAAGAUCUCCCUUCUGUGGUUCUGCCGACGACUUCUGGGAAAGGGCAAUUUUGUCGUCUAUCAAUGGGCUUUCAUUGGGGCCAUGGUUUUUGUCGGACUCUCCGGGGGAAUGUUCACCAUUAUCAGCAUUUUCCAGUGCAAUCCUAUUCGCGCAUAUUGGCAACUGAACCCGACAGAGCCAUACCACUGCAUGAACGACGGCGCCAUUGUCUUCUCAGCCAGCGUGAUCAACAUCUUCACCGAUUUCCUCGUGACCACUCUGCCCAUGCCACUGAUCUGGAGUCUGAAGCUCCCGGCCCGCCAACGUCUCGCCGUGAUCUCCAUCUUCGGUCUCGGCGUAGUGGUCAAUGUAGCGGGAUCGGUGCGCACAGUGUACGUCUGGAAGAGCAUGGUAGUCGGCUACGACGCAACCUGGCUCGGUUGGCCGGUUCUCAUCGCCGCAACCGUAGAGAUCAGCCUGGGACUGAUCUGCUCCUCGGCCCCAGCCCUCCGGCCUCUCAUCGCAGCCUUCCUUCCCCGUCUCCUCCAGUCGACGCGGAACAUUGGCUCUUCCUACAACCAACCAUCCCGCUCUCACAAGCUGUGGUCAUCCACCGGCCGCUCGCGCAACUCCCGACUCGUCGCGGACGAUAUUCGCCAGCCGGGCUACGACAGUGAUCGAUUUGAAAUCAUGCGCACUGUUGAAAUGGAGAGUUGGACUGAGUCACGCCUGGCAACCCAUGAUAAAUUGGGCCAUGGCUAUGGUAUCACUUCGGAGAGUCAUGUUCGUGCGCUCAGUCCGACGGAAAGUUUAGAGAUGAAGAAUGGCUUGGUUUAUACCUCGGCGGCUAGUGCGAAAUCCUCCGGCUCCGGGGAAGCUCAGUCGCCCUUUGGUGAUCGGCCUCGCUGA